AUGUCUUCCGCACCCGGAAAUACGCCUCUCAAUCGGGCUGAUGAAGUCAAAGAUCUUCUUGAUGCCGUCCAAGAGUUGAUCAUACCAUUCAUCCGCUCUGCAGACGAAGAUGCUGCUACUAAGCACACUGGCCAUGGUCUACGAAUAGAAGGUAGUGGUGGCCCAAGAACUACAAUCGUUGAGCAUCAUCCUCCUAAGAAGCUGGAGUCUAUCCUCAGCGAAGAGCUGGAAAUUAAUGACAAAAAAGUUGGGAAAGAUGGACUAGUCAAGCUGGUGAGCACCGUGCUAAAGUAUAGCGUAAACACUUGGGAUCAAGGGUUCCUGGACAAACUAUAUGCGAGUACGAACGCGGUAGGCGUAGUCAGUGAGCUGCUUCUGGCUGUGUUGAACACCAAUGCCCAUGUCUACCACGUCUCACCCGUACUAACCCUCGUCGAAAAACGAACAACAAAGUACCUAGCUUCUCUCUUUGGCCUGCCAGAGAAAACUUGUGGGGGAAUCUCCCAACCAGGUGGCAGUGCCGCUAAUGCCUCCGCCAUCGUCAUCGCUAGAAACACCCUGUUCCCAGAGACCAAAACCGAGGGCAAUGGAACCCACAAAUUUACCCUCUUCACCUCAGCCCACGGUCAUUACUCUGUAGAAAAAGCCGCCAAUCUCUUCGGCCUCGGCUCCAAAAACGUCAUCGCCGUCCCCGUCGACGACCAUGGCCGCAUGAUCCCCUCCGAACUCGAGCGCCUCGUCACCGAAUCCAAGACCCGCGGCGAAGCCCCCUUCUUCGUCAACGCCACAGCAGGCACCACCGUCCACGGCUCAUUCGACCCCUUCCCCGCCCUCUCAUCGAUCUGCAAAUCGCACAACCUCUGGCUCCACAUUGACGGCUCUUGGGGCGGCAGCGUCAUCUUUUCCCCUACCUACUCCCCGCCGCGUCUUGCAGGCUCCGACCUCGCAGACAGCAUAACCGUCAAUCCCCAUAAAAUGCUCGGCGUACCCAUGACCAGCAGCUUCUUACUCGGCAAGGACAUGAAUACUUUUUACCGCGCCCUCACGCUGCCCGCAGGCUACCUCUUCCACAACGCCCCCGGCACAGACGCCCAGGAUAUAUACGACCUCGCAGACCUAACCCCCCAAUGCGGUCGCCGCGCAGACAGCCUAAAGUUCUUCCUCGCCCUCCAAUAUUACGGCCCCCAGCAUUUCAGCGACUUGGUCGAUAGAGCCUACGACAACGCCGAGUACCUACUCCAGAAACUGAAAGAUGGUGGUCACUUCAAGACGAUUAGUCCGGAGCCCCUGCCUUGCUUGCAGGUGUGCUUUUACUAUGCCAAGAAUGGGGCGGUGAACGAGGAUGCAGAGAAGAAUAGCAAAGCUACGACGGAGAUUGCGCAGAGGCUGGUGAGUAGGGGGUUUAUGGUUGAUUUUGCGCCCGGGGAGCAAGGGAAGUUUUUUAGGGUUGUGGUGAAUGGGAAUGUGGGCAGGGGGACGCUGGAUGGCUUGGUUAAGGCGAUUGAGGAUGUGGCAGCGGAGUUGGAGUUGUAA